AUGAUCUCUUCAGUGGAACACACCCGUCAUACGAGGGGCCUGUUUCUUAUUUUUGCCCUGGCCCGGUGGCCCCUGGUGCAAGUGGGAGGUGCCUUUGACACUCCUUCCCCAGAAGAUGAAUCCCGGAGGGCGGGCGUCGGGUUUCCUCCUCCAACCAACUGGAAGUCUCUGGUGUCAAACCAUCAAGCCUAGGCCAAACGCAGAACACACGGCUUUGCAUGCAUUCUCUGGAUGACUGCUCUUUGCCUCAUGUUGCCCUUCCUACGCGUCAAUUCGGAUGACUGAUGGAUUGAGUCAGGGGGCAAUGAGGUGGACGUGCGUGACCCGAGGGAGACUCCGAGAUCAGGUCGAUCGCUCCCCAACGUGCAUUCUCCCCAGCUCAUAUUCUUCCGACCAAAAGUCGUGGCCCCUCCCAAUUCAGCAAGCAUUCGUCAGUUUCAGCCAACUUCACCUCUACAGAUCCCAUGAUCUCAAGGCAAAUGCUACCAUCGCGCGCCCCCAACCUCGGUCAAAAAUGGGUGUUGUCACGGCGAUUGCGCCACGCCCGCCAGGACCCACGGGUGGGACCCGGCGUGUGGGAAGCACGGGCCCCUGUAGGUUGAAGAUGCUGCACCUCGCUGCCGCGAGAUCUGUUCGUAGCUCCUCGAGACUCAGAGCUAUAGCCAAGCUCUAUGAUGUACCACAAUCAACCUGUUGGAAGACCAACAGCCACGAUUCCACAGUGUUACAUGGACGACAGGCCACGACAAUGGGUUGGGUGCUCCAGAGCACCAAGAAGUGAAUAAGGUUCUUGAUCCUCUCUCAUUUCCAGCGGUGGGCAUCGCCCUGAUCCUGUUAAAUAUUUUAUUCUCAACCCCUGUUACUUCUCAACAGUAGGGCAUCGGCAACCCAGCUUCCGAGUUUCAAGUUCCAUGACUUCCAGCAACAAGCGUUUCAGGGUACCGCGACUU